AACAUGUUCUUGCAUGUGGAUGUGUGUUUCCCAGGCAGAGGGUCCCGCUCUUCCCGACACUUCCCUGCAUCCCCCCCGCACCUCAGGCCCAGCACACGUUCCUCGUGACAUAGCAGGUGGGAACAGACUUCAGACUGACAGACGCCACGGGGAAGUACACACUUGAAGGGAGAUGCUGAGGUGGGAGAAUGUGGGGGCAUGGCACAUGUCACACAAGAGGCCAUGCAUGUUUGACCUAAGCCCUCAUGGGGCCUGAGGACAGCUUUCCCUCAGUCCUUGAGAUCAUUGCUCAUCCGUGCCAAACUGGUUAGUAGGGUUGGGAGACUCAAAAAUGUGCCAAGGAUCCCCUAAGUCCUAGUCCAGGGAAGGGAAAUGCCAAGGACAGGUGGCAGCUAAGUCCCCACCCCUCAUGCCUCAUCCCCAUGUCAUUUCUCUGUAUCCACCUUUGUUCCUCAUUCUCCAUCACUGGCUCCUUCGAUGCUCUUCCCCAUCUCAGGGUCAGACCAGCCUGCUCUCUUCACCCUCUUUGACCUGCCUCCCCUUCCUGAUUGGCUGAGCUGAAGGAAAGGAGCCACAGAAGGGGGAGGGGAGGAGACAGGAAAAAGGUUACACGGACAGGUUGGGGAGAAUGAGGUCAGCUGUACCGAGGAGCAGAUGGAGGGGGCCCUGGAGGACAGGGCUUGGGCAGACACCAGCAGAAAGAUUUUGAAAGGAAAUGUGGGAAGCAGCUGCCCAGAGGUCUUUGUAUUUGGACCUCUGGGGACAAGAACGAUGUCAGGAAAGGUUUUAAAGGACACCGGUGGAGGUGUGACCGAAUCCUCAUGUAUUGUGUGGCUCUCUGUGGGAUGUUAGUGCCAAACUUGUAGAGGGGUGGGGUGCUGUCUUCUACUGAUGCCCAGAUCCAGAAUCCUUGGUCUUGAGUCCCCUGUCCUUUUCCCGUCUUUCACCCAUGGAAACGAAGUUCUUUUCUGGCCCAUUCCCCUGCCUGGUCUAGCAAUUCUUGGAACAGCCAUGCCUUCCAAAUGCUAUCAACCUGGGCCCUGAGCCCUGUAAGUGGAUUCCUCAGAGCUGGGGUGUGAGGGGGGGCUGGGGGACCCCAUGAUACAGCCACGGACUCCAAUGCCCAGCCCCUUUCCAAACAAUCCCAUGUCCCCACCCCAACCCUUUGCGGCUCUGUACACAUUUUUAAACCUGGCAAAAGAUGAAGAGAAUAUUGUAAAUAUAAAAGUUUAACUGUUGGUGUGUCUGCUGUUAUGUUAGAAGGAGGGGGGAAGGGUUCCCAGCCCUGGUUGUGUCUGUUGGAAGGUGGUGGGAAGUAGUGCCCCUUUUCAAGGAACUCUUGAGAUCUGAGGGGAAAUAGCAAGAGUAGGGUUGCCAUAAUGAUGGGAAUGGAUGGCUGAGGUAAAGACAGGAUGGUCAAAUAGUUACAAACACUUGUAAUCAUAGCAUCCAGGCGGGUGUUGCAGAGGGAUCAUGAACUGAAGACCAGCCUGGACUACAUGUCUUUAAAAAAGAAAGAAAAUGCUGAACUGGAGAGAUGGCUUGGAGGUUAAAAGCGCUGGCUGUUCUUCCAGAGGUCCUGAGUUCAAUUCUCAGCAACCACAUGGUGGCUCACAACCAUCUGUAAUGAGAUCUGGUGCCCUCUUCUGUCAUGCAGGUAUACAUGCAGGCAAAACACUGUACAUGUAAUAAAUAAAUAAUUUUUUUAAAAUGCUAGACAUGGUGCGCACUGUAAUCCCAGUAGAUAGGUACAGACAGGAUCAGGAGUUCAAGGUCACUCCUGGCUAUGUAGAGGCCAAGAUCAGGAGAUGUGUGUGUGGAGGGGGAGUGUCUAGAGCCUGGUUUUGCUUUAGAAGGAAGAGGAACCGAUGAGGGCAGAUACCCAAUGGAUUAGUCAGUGGGUUCUCCCAGGAGGCUGACUGUAAGAGAGGCCUGCAAGGUCUGGGCUAAGGCUGGAGGGUCAACCCUGGCCGUAGCACCUUGAGAGUAUCAUCUUGGCACAUUAUGAGGGAAAGCCUCAGCAUCAUUGUGACCCGGUCACUCUCAGGACCCCUCUGGGGCAGGCUAGCAGGUCACUGGGCACUAGGGUUAGUGGGCUGGGGGCCUAAGGGCCCUGGUGGCCCUAGGGACCGCCAUGGCCAUGGCUGAGCGGUCACGGUCUGAGUGGAACUCAUAUCAAAACCCCAACAGCAACAACUGCCAGGACGUGGGAAACUCCAUUCUGAUACUGUUGGGUCUCAUCAUCUGUAUUAACAUUGGCAUCAAUUUGGUGACCCUGCUCUGGAGCCGACUCCGCAUCAUCUUACACCGAAUAUUCCAUAUCAUUUGUGAGAAAGAAACUACUCAAUUAUGCUCACCUGGGAGGCAGACUCAGCUCUCGAGGAAACAGACCUACCCUGAAGUCCGUCUUCGAUGUACCAUGGACCCCGUGAAAAUGACCGUGACCCCCCCACCCACUCGUCGUCACCGCCGUAGAGCUUCCCAGUCCCGCCGUGCCCACCGCCCAAUAGCUUGGGCCCCUGACACUGAUGAGGAGAGGUCUCCUCCACAUCAGCACCAGGCAAUCUGCUCCCACCACUGCGAUGGUCCUAAGGACUGGGAAAGCUUCCAACCCCUGCAGGAGAUCUGGGAACCCUGGACUCAGGAUGAGCAACCUCCCCAGACCAUCCGUUUCCAACCAACAGUAGAGGGAAGGCCUCUCAAAACAGAGAUCCGGUCAGAGCAGGGCCUAGAGGCCUAUGUGUACACUGUGAACCCCCCGCCUCCCAGCCCAGAGGCUUUGAGCCAUAAAAACAAUGGGGUGGGGCCAGGGGCAGGUGCUGAGGGUGAGCAAGCCCAGUGCCAGCCUGCCUCACCAGCCUUCCUGGGUCCAGCGAAUAUCCCCGAAAUACCUCGGCGCCGUUCCUCAGGCCGAAUAGUGUAUGACGCCCGAGAUAUGAGGCGCAGGCUUCGAGAACUGACCCGCGAGGUAGAAGCUUUGUCCCACUGUUACCCCUUGGUUUCUGGAUCCAGCACAGUUGAGGGGACAAGCAAAGAUUGGGUGUAUCGUCCCCUGAAGGGGAGAUGACUGGGGAAAAAAUAAAAAAGGAGAGGAGGUAGUUUGUGGUGGUCUGGGGGAGGGCCCUCACAGUGCCCAGAAUCCCUGGUUGCUGAGAAUGACCUCCCUUGAAACAGGGCCUAGAGAGCCCUGGAGACCCUUGUCAGCUUCUUGCCUUCAUAGGCCCUGUCCUGAGCCCUCCUCAAGGCCCUUCUUGGUUCCAAGACUCCCAACUGCCUCUACCCUGUUUUCUUCAGUGCCCAGAGAAGCCACCAAAUUCAGCCAGAUCCCCAGGCAGUCCUAAACCAGAGGAAGGACCUCAGGCCCCAUGGCCCUAGCUCAGAGGUCUAAGGAGCCCAGGUUUAGGCUCCAGAUCCAGCGGAAACAGGGGUCCCUCUAAUGCUCUAGCUUCUUUGGGCAAAGAUGGUUGUGAGGGAGGGUCUCCAGGCCCUCACCAUCUUCUCGUCAGAACCUGAAGUUCCUGCAACCCUUGAGAAUAGACUUAGAAGCGGUAGGUAAAAUAAUUGGGGCACUCUUAAAGAGACGCCGUCCCUAAUGUCCCAGGCUUCUGCGGUUUUAUGCCUCUUCAUGUCCACAAAGGAAAGGUGGAGUCUCCAGUCUAUGACUUGCUUGUGGCCACAGAUAUCAGGGGCCAUGUUCACAGCCUUAAGACUUUCUACCCCCACAUCCCCAUUCCUGCUAGUGGAUCAGCCCAGCCUACAUUUUACCAUGUGACCUCCAAAUAUUCCAUCCACUGGACAGACAGAAAUGACUCCUGAUCUGCUGUUAGACUGGCUGAGACUCUCCUAUGCAUGUGCACACAUAAUCUUGGGAACAAGAAAUCAUGUGACCCCAGGCUGAAGGUACUGGACAUCACCUUUCAUACUAGAUGGAUUCCUGGAAUGUGAGCAUACUUUCUGUGAAUCACCUUGUUUUUCUGUUUACAUCCAGCCAGAGUUACUGAAGUUGAGUAGUAGCACAGGCCUGU